CGGGGGGAGAAUCAUUGUAGGCGAGCAGCCAAGCGGGGUGCGACGGAAUCGGGCGGUGAAAUGCCGAUCCUUGAAAACCGCAGACGGAGUACAGCAAAUAACACGUUGAUAAGUUACUGGAUAACUUUAUCUUUCUAGCAUACCAACAACUUUAGUGACGAUUCGAUAUUUACUGGACCGGAUUUAUUCUUGGGAUCGGACACUUUUGUUGAAAGUCGUGAUAAAGAAACAUUUGUCUUCACAAAAGUGACCCGCAGAACUGACGCACAUGAAAAGGUUCGUGUUCCUUUGUCGGCUCUUAAGAUUUCGACUGAAAGCAAAUAGUUAGAGGUCAAUGAAGAUAUCGCACACACGAGAGAAAGACCAACAAGGAUGUAAGAACUUCCACGAAAAAGUCGUCUGAUAAACGCAAACUUUUUUACAUCGCCGCCCGCGACAGAUAUAUACUUUCCCGCUUUUUAUUUACAUUGCUGGAAACGCGCCACAAUGCACGAGGUCGGAUUAUUGCGCUUGUUUGGACACGAAAGGAAACAAAUGAACAUCUGUAACCUGACUCUCUGUGUUUUACUCUCCCUCAUGUUCUCAAGCUCAUCUUCAUGUCCUUUCAAGUGUGUGUGCGAAUCCGCAACGGUGAACUGUGUAAACCAAGGCUUGAUAUCAAUCCCACAGCCCCUUCCAGAAAACACCAUCACGCUUAACAUCAGUGGAAACAACAUAACGAAUCUAACCAGUGAAUCUUUCCCAAGGAAUUUGGGGCAUCUAACACACCUUUAUGUGUCUGGAAGCCAUGUGGAGAAAUUGGACUCCAUAGCAUUCAAAAACUUGCCAAGUCUUCGUUUUCUUGACCUCAGCAACAAUUCAAUUUUACAUGUUGAUGCUGAGGCUUUUUCAUCAAACAACACGGUUGAGGUUUUAAACCUCAGCAGAUCCUUAAAAAAUUACUCGUAUGUUGGUAUGUUUGUGAAUCUUUUCAAUUACAGCUUGCAUAAGGUUUCACAUCUUGAUCUGUCCAACAACGAGCUGGUGAUUCUUCCAGAUGGGAUGUUUACGGGUUUGUCGGACCUCACCGAUUUGGAUUUGAGCAACAACUCCCUAGUUUCAAUCAUUGAUGGCACGUUUCGGAACAUGGCACUGAGAAAACUGGACUUACGAGGCAACGCAUUUAAAAACCUGCCAAACCUGCCGAACAUCAGUUCCAAUCCUGACCUGAGGGUCAGACUGGCAGGAAACCCCUGGCGUUGCGAUUGUAAUAUUGAGGACAUGGUGAGCUGGUUAAAGACACACGAUUUGGUUGUUGACAAAUCAAACAUGACCUGUUCUGAUCCAUCAGAGACGAGAAAUAUCACACUCCUAACCCUGGAACAUUCCCAACUCACAUGCACCUAUACUGGAGAUUUGAAGGGUGUUCUGGAGACCUCCUAUGUCUUUCUGGGGAUUGUUCUUGCCCUCAUCGGAGUCGUCUUCCUGCUUGUCCUGUACCUUAACAGGAAAGGCAUCAAGAGGUGGAUCUACAAUAUCCGUGAUGCCUGCAGAGAUCAUAUGGAGGGCUACCAUUACAGAUAUGGGAUCAACUCAGACCCACGGCUAGCCAACCUCAGCCUCAACUCUGAUGUGUGAGAGACGGGAUAAUUGUUUGGAAAACUGGCUGGCACGCAAUGACUUAAAUCUAGCUUUGCAUGAAUAUGUAUGUAGAGUUUAAACGGAUGUUUAAUCUGCGUUUUUCUCAUCGAACUGGAUGCUGCAGGCAUCAACCCUGUUAUGCUAGCUGCAUAUGAUUCAUAUAUGCUGAUGUGUUGCUAUAAUGUUGUCCAGUGACGCAUGCAUCAAGAACGUAUACAAUUUCUUUUUGCCUUUUAAAAGAAAGGACUGGAUGGGACUGUGGACUGGAGGGUAGUCUCUGUCAUUCUGACGAAAUGCUGUUUGCACAACGCCAGUACGAACUACGAUAUACGUAUACAAGUUUUUAUUAUAACUUAGUUUGUGUAUUUUACUACUUAAACUGCCAUGCAUGUAUUUCUGUAUUUUUCAUUGAUGUAAAAUUGUGAUAUCUACUUUUUUAUAAUUAUUUACUGGAUUUUAUAUAUACAUUUGUUGGCUGGACAUAGAUCAACUUUGCUGUGGGACGCCCCGUUGAAUUAAAGGUCUUGCACUGAUUUAUUUCUCUCUGGUUCAGUAACUUUAGGUUUAGAAAGGAGCGUGUAGCUAAUGAGACCUGCACAUGGUAUUAUCACAAGUCCACUGCAAGAGUGCAGUAGCUAAACCUAAAUGUUGAUUUUAAACUGUUUAUCAUAUAAAAGUCUGUCUGUGAGAAUAGAGUUUUCAAAACAGGACCUUACACCUACUCCAUGUACUAAAGCCACAAGCAUUUGCAUAACAUUAUCUGUCCAUGAAGGCCUGCAGUUUCUAGCAAACUAUUUAAAACUAUAUACAGAUUUUCCCCAAAGAAACAUUUGUGCGAGAAUAAACAGGACGGGUUAUUUUGGAAAUAGAUUUACAGAGAAGUAGUUUGUCUUUUAAGUAAAGCCUAUAUAAAACUAGAAAAACAGCCAGGCUUUCAUUUCUCACCCACAAGCAAAUCUAUUACAGAUGUCUUUCAGGGGAUGUUUGUCGGUUACUAGAUGCAAAGGAAACAUGGUAACAUCUUCAGUAAUAUUGGUUGAUUAACUACAGUAGAUUUGAUGAGAAUAAUGAUAGCACAGAUUGAAGAGACUCGGGGUUGUGUGCUGUACAAGCAAUUUAUAAUGCAGAUCCUGGAGAACAGAAAUUGUCUAUUUGUAUUUAUAGACCAUUUUGCUAGACAUACACAACACUGUGUACACGUUUCAAUUUAUUAUUUGUAGGUUUUUGUUUACAUUUUGUUUCUGUUCUGUCGGUUGUAUUUUUUUCUAACAUUUGUGUAGUAUUAAAAACACUUUUGGAAAACUA